UUUUUUUUCACUAUGCUGGGCCAACUCGUGGGAUCUGCCAUGCUUCUGGUCGCGACUGCGAUCUUCCUCUAUUACACGGCGUGGACUCUGCUCAUGCCAUUCGUCGAUCCCGGUCACCCUCUCCACGAUUUCUUCCUCCCUCGCGUAUGGGCUAUUCGCAUCCCCGUGAUCCUCACCCUUCUGGGCUCAGCUGUCGUUGGUACUUUCAUCGGCAUUGUGAUGAUCAAUAGCAACAAGAAGAAGGCAGCGAAGGCGAAGGUUGCUGCUAAGAAGAAGACCUGA